UUUGCAAGAAACAAAAUAACACCAUUUGCUCAAUAAAAUUCCUUGAAAACCGGUGCCUUUCCUAACGGGGAGGAGGCAGGCCGCAGGGGAAUCUGCCACCGGCCACCACGUCCCCUCCCGCCGCUUCCUCCUCCCUGCCCUCCCUUCCCCCAGAUCCAAAGCCAUUAAACCGCGCGCACCAGCGGAUCUCGCCUCGGGGAGCGGCCGCGGCAUCCGAGCAGGGGCCGAGGGAGAGGGAAGCCAGCGAGCUAUAGCCAUGAGAUGGUAUGCAUCGGUAGCCUCCUGAGGGCGCUGGUGCUGCGCGCGGGAGCGUCUGCGGGCAGGCGCCGGGGGCCCAGGGUCCUGUGCGGCCGGGCAGCGGAUGUGCGCGUGACGCCCCGGCACGGGUGGCGCGGGUUCCGGGCGGUCGCGGGCGCCGGGGGCAGGAUGAUACUAGACUCCUCUGACUCUGCCGCCGCCGCGGCUGCGGAGGCGGGGGCCGGGGCGGCGCAGGUGCAGCCGCAGCCGCAGCGCCGCUCGGCGGGGGCCUUGCCCCAAGCGCACGACGGCGGGUACGCCAGCGGCGGAUGGGAGAGAGAAGAUGGCAACCUGAGAUGUGGAUAUUCAAGUUUUAGAGGGAAGAGAGCUACUAUGGAAGAUUUCUAUGAUGUCAAACUAACUGAAAUUGAUGGACAUGCUGUUAGCCUGUUUGGUGUUUUUGAUGGUCAUGGAGGAUCACGUGCUGCUGAGUAUUUGAGGGAACACUUGUUCGAAAACCUUAUGAAGCACCCCAAGUUCUUGACGGAUACGAAGCUUGCUAUAAGUGAAACGUAUCAGAAAACAGAUACAGAUUUCUUGGAAUCAGAAUCCAAUGCCUUCAGGGAUGAUGGCUCGACAGCUUCGACUGCAGUUUUGGUGGGUGACCAUCUAUAUGUUGCAAAUGUUGGUGAUUCGCGUGCUGUUAUUUCAAAAGCUGGCAAAGCUAUGGCACUCUCAGAAGAUCACAAACCUAACAGGACUGAUGAGCGAAAGAGAAUUGAAAAUGCCGGUGGCAUUGUUAUUUGGGCUGGUACUUGGAGGGUAGGUGGUGUACUGGCAAUGUCCCGUGCAUUUGGCAAUCGUCUACUAAAGCCAUUUGUGGUGGCAGAACCUGAAAUUCAGGAAGAACAGGUCAACGGGGAAUUGGAAUGCCUGGUUCUUGCUAGUGAUGGGCUUUGGGAUGUUGUGGAAAAUGAGGAAGCUGUUUCCCUCGGGAAAUCCGAAGACAUGCCCGAGUCCGCAGCUCGGAAGCUGACGGAGAUUGCCUACUCUCGAGGCAGCGCCGACAACAUUACAUGCAUAGUGGUGCAAUUUCACCCUGAUAAAUCAGGAUAAGACAGGUGUCGGCUCGCGUCGUCUGAUUAAAUGUUUGCCCUGCUUGAGGCUAUUAUUAUCCUGCAAGCGGGGAGGGGUUGCUUCCCGAUUUAUCGCUCAUGUAGCAACUGCUGCCAAAAACUGUUCCGUUGAUUCUUUUCUUGUGUAGGAAACAUUUUUGUUCCGAUAGAUGCAAGGGACAUUUUUAAUCUGAUGUUUUUCUAAUAAACCGACCAUGUGUUUACAAUUAGAAAGAUUGCCCAGCUUC